GCUGUCAAACGUAACUUUCGCAUGAAGCGGCUCUAUUGCCGAUUGUCGUUUAGCUUUCUGUUACGAUGUAAUUUCCUUUUGUUGUAAUUAAAUAUAAAUGUAUGUUGGUUCCAUUUUUGUUGAAUAAAGAAUAAUAUUAUAAAUUUGAGUUGCAUAAUGUCAAGGCUGCAAUAUUUACAUAAUUUUUACUGGGCGUGUGUGGGCUUCUGUCACUGAUAUUGAUUUGUUUUAUUUUAUAAGUUUGCUUACUAUAAUGUAGUCAUUUUUAAGGCGCCGGUACUCCAAUAAGUGUUAAAUAAUGUGCACUAUGUGUUAACCGCCAGUGGAGAAUGGACAUGUGUCAUUAAAAUGAAAACAAAGAGUUUUCUACUGUUCUCAACAUCAGUAUUUGCAAUUAGUUUAUUUCUGAUAGUAUUCCACUCCCAGCCGCCUCAAUCAAUUCAAAAUAUCGUCACACAAACACACCAACAUAUAAAGGACUUUCAGGCAUGGGUCCCACAGGAGAAGCUCCGUGAUGUGGAGGCGAGCCAUCUGGUGGCGGACGAGGAGUACGCGCGCCUGCUGGGGCUGGACGGGCGCGCGGAGCCCUGGCGCAACACCACGCUGCCAGCGCUGGUGACGUACGCUCGCGGCGACGCGCACGCUCUCGCCGUCGCUUUUGUGCGCCACGCUGCGCGCCUGCCCUACACCGUGCUCGUCUACAACAUAGGCCUUAAGCCUUACUCACUUUCAGUUGUGUCAAGUUACUGCAACUCUUCAAAGUGCGCGGUUGUGGACUUCGACCUGAGCGCGUUCCCGUCGCACGUCAGCGACGAGAGCAUCUACGCUUUCCGGCCCCUCAUCAUACAGCACGCGCUGAGCCGCGUGGGCGGCGUGAUCUUCAGCGAGAGCGCGCAGCGGUGGGCGGGGUCGCGCGCGCAGCUGGCGGCGCUGUGGGCGCGCGCCGCGCACGCCGGCCUCGUGGCGUGGCCACGCCGCGCCGCCGUCACCUCCCUCACGCAUCCGCGCAUGUUCACCUACCUGCGCGCGCGCGCAGACGACUUCCUCUUCGUGCAGAUGUUGGACGUCGAGCGGCUGCUGGUGUCGCCCGCCGCCGCCGCCGUCAUGCGCCCCUGGAUACAGUGCGCGCUCACCCUCGACUGCAUCAUGCCCAUCGGCGCGCAGUCGGUGGGGUGCAGGUUCGACAAGAAGCCGCAGUACCGGUACUCGGGCUGCCACGCGCAGGACGCGUCUGCGCUGAGCAUCGUGCUGGGCCUGCGCUGGGGCUUCGACGAGGCGCGGUACGUGGAGCGCGCGCCGCUGUGGCGUCGCCAGCCCGAGGCCGCCGCGCGCGCCGCCUUCGCGGACCUCCAGCGCAACACCACCGACGACGAGCGCGCCGACCAACACGUCGAACAGCACACCGAGCAUCGUACCGAACAGACCGAGCAGCGCGCCGAACAUCGCACCGAGCAUCGCGUCGAGCACCGCACCGAGCUGCAGGCGGAGCGGCUGACGCAGCCGCCGCGGCCGCGGCCGUGAGCCGAGCGCCGGGCGACGUCUCCGACUCCGCACUGAGCGGUGCACUUUGAAGGUAGCUUCGCCGCUUUACCGUAACUUGCGUAGCGUCUCUUACGUACAACAUUGCAACACUCUUCAUACCUUUAUCAAAUCUAUGUUAUUUUACAAAACACGGGGGACAGAAAGGAUCUCAAAAACUUGCUUACAGGUAGAUUUAAUUGAGUUAAAAGCUAGCAAGUGGUGCGCGGAGUUGCCGGAGACGAGGCCCGGAGCCGGGUGUUGCCUUUUGGCAUUCAAAUGAUCAUCUAGGGAUAGAAUCGGUUUUUAAAGAUAAUUAGGUGAUGUAAUAGUUGAAAGAGAAGCCUAGUUGUUAGUAAUACACAGUAUUAGUGCACAGCGAGUGAGCAGGACAUACCGAGCUGUCGGCGGACUGAGAUCGUUUGUUUGUGCACAAAGUGAGGAGACACGACUCGUGUUGUCGUUCGUUUAGUUAAUAUUAUUUAUUAGUCAGAACUUGGGAUGAUUAUACAAUUUUGUAAAAUGUUUUAGCCCGUUUAGUAAAAACGGAGUGAUGUUUAUGCCAUAUCAAUAUAUUAAUUUACGAACACAUCGUACCGAUGGAUGUUAAACCUGACGCUUUUGUUAGCUUGCUAAUAUAUUUUUUUAUUUUUAUUAUAUCAAAGUAACAAAGUAAUAUAAAUUGUGAUGGCAUGAUACAAUAGUAUAAUAUGUAAGUCUCAUUCACACAAAUUUUACACCUACUUAAAUUAUUGUUUAUUCAUAAUGCUAAUUAAAAAAAUAAACAGGAGUUAACAAAACACACUGUAUUUGUAGUGUACGGCGCCUGGCGGUGGCUUUGCUUGUUUCUUCAUAAUUAUUCACUAAGUUGUAGUAGAGUACCGUGUACAGUACAGGUAGAGCUUGAGGUUCACUUACCACGAGAGCUUGGGUCAAGAUGGCAGCUAAUAUAUUACAGCUUUUUAUAAAACUUAAGCUUUAUAAAUAGCAAGUAAGGUCCUAAAGCUGCUGGCUCGCCCAGGGAACAACACAAGAGGAAUUGCAGAUGUCCUCUACUGAUUGGUUGUCAUGAAGAGGUCUGACUUACGUUCUACUGAAACGACAUUUGAAUAUGUAACAGCGUCUUAAAUGAUAAGGCCACGCUUACAUUUAAAAUUCUACUAAACUUUAACGUCUGUCCGAUUGUAAGCGGUGUUUAAGAAACAAAGUGUUUGAGAUUCGUUUCAGUAUUCGGUAACUGCCGCAGUUAGUUUUUGGUAGCUUAGCAAUACCUUAGUGUUUGGCGUACUAACCUACUAAGGAUUGCUGUUAUUGUACCUCUGAGCAUCUCAACUGUGUUGGAAUUUUAAAUUAAAAGUGUUCUCUUUCUUUGUGUUAUUAGGCGUAUGAGUGCGUAGAAAGAUAAAAUGGAUUUACGUAAAUAAAUUCGAGAAUGUCAGCCGUAAGCAAUAUUUGUUAUUGUUUAUAACACCAGUGUGUAGAAACAAAACAUCUUAGCGCCCUUUUCUUUAGCUAUAGUAAAGUUUUUUUUCUAUUUUUAAAACUUGGGUGUACAUUUAUUUUGUCUAAAUAAUUUAUUUUAUAUUUUUGUA